ACUUGCCGUGGUCUCACUCUGACUCAUUUGACAGUUAGUUUAUAAGUAGACUCAAAUCUUGAAUGCAUUUAUGACGCCGGAAUUUAAUUUUCACUGCAAUCUCCGGACUGCCUGUGAAUAAACAUGCACGAAAAUGGAAAAAAUACAACGCGGUUGCACUCUACUGUUUCCCCACUGCGUGUCAGGCAAUGCUAAAAAGCUGAUUUAUUGUUACUGAAAACUGAAAUGUAAGGUCAGGGAGGGCAGAUGGCACUCUAUUGCGAUCUGAUGUGUUCCUGGCGGGUAUUUAUUUCCGUAGUGUAGUUUUAAAUGCCUCAUGGCUCGUCUGUCCUAAUUUCAUGAUAGAUAGACAGACAGACAUACAUUAUUUCACAUAACGUACAGCAGCCAGACGCAUGCACGCGCUACUCUCUCUAUGCACGUUUGCUUUGGGUAUGAGAUCCAAAUGGAUGCAGUCGUUAUGGUAAAGCUGUUCAUGUUUAAAAUUUAACCGUGGACGAUCCGAGGUUUAUGCUUAAUGGUGAUAAAGACUUUACCCGAGGCAAGGAUGUCGAAACGGCUGCGAAAUAGCGAACUUUGUGCGGAUUGCAGCAAUUCGGAUCCUCGCUGGGCAUCUGUGAACAGAGGAGUUCUGAUAUGUGACAAUUGCUGCGGCGUUCACCGCAGUCUGGGUCGCCACAACUCGCAAGUGCGGCAUUUAUCACACACACCUUGGCCGCCCACCCAGCUGCAGAUGGUGCAGAUAUUAUACAACAAUGGUGCUAAUGCAAUUUGGGAGCACACACUGCUGGAACCCUCAUCCCUAACGAGCGGGAAACGCAAACCCAAUCCUCAGGAUAAACUCCAUCCCAACAAGGCAGAGUUCAUCAAAGCAAAGUAUCAAAUGCUGGCUUUCGUCCAUCGUCUACCUUGUCGAGAUGAUGACAGUUCUGCAGCCACAGACCUGAGCAAGCAACUUCACUCAAGCGUUCGAACAGGCAAUCUUGAGACUUCUUUGCGGUUAUUGUCGCUUGGAGCUCAAGCCAACUUCUUCCACCAGGAAAAAGGAAACGCACCCCUGCAUGUAGCAGCAAAGGCCGGGCAGGUAUGUCAGGCUGAGUUACUGUGUGUUUAUGGGGCAGACCCUGGCGCUCCGGACUCCAAUGGCAAAACGCCAAUCAACUAUGCAAGGCAGGCCGGCUAUCAGGACCUAGCAGACCGGCUGGUGGAGAUACAGUAUGAGCUUACAGACAGGCUGGCAUUCUACCUCUGCGGGCGAAAGCCUGAUCACAAGAAUGGACAACAUUUUAUUAUACCACAGAUGGCAGACAGAAAUGUCAGUGCCGAGCUAUCAGAAUUUGCAAAAGCUGCGAAAAGAAAACUUCAGUCUCUCAGCGAUCAUUUGUUUGAAGAACUGGCAAUGGAUGUGUACGACGAGGUGGACAGAAGAGAGACAGAUGCAGUCUGGCUGGCCACACAGAACCACAGCGCCUUAGUAACUGAGACAACAGUUGUGCCUUUCCUUCCUGUAAACCCCGAGUAUUCAUCAACACGCAACCAGGGACGACAAAAGCUUGCAAGAUUUAAUGCCCAUGAGUUCGCCACCCUUGUGAUAGAUAUUUUAAGUGAUGCAAAGCGGCGCCAGCAGGGAGGUUCAAGUCCUAAAGACCUUGACAAUGUUUUCUUCAAAAGUCAAAGUAGUCGUCACGGAAGCGAAAGCCAAGAAAUCGACCAGCCGGACUACGACAGCGUGGCGUCUGAUGAGGACACGGAUGUUGAAUUGCGAAUGGGCAAGGCAGACCGAGCUAAGAGUUUAGACUCUGACGUGUCUGACGGACCGAUUUCCGUGCAGGAGUUUCUGGAAGUGAAGAACGCGCUCUCAGCCUCUGAAGCCAAAAUACAGGAACUGAUGAAGGCGAACAGUAACCUGAGCGAAGAGCUGAAACUGAUGCAAAUAAAGCUGCAGUCUGUGCAAAGUGAGAACAGCUCGCUCAGGCGCCAAGUCUCCGCUCAACAGCCCUAUCAGACCCCCGCGGGCCCUGACCAUCCAAAUCCUUCCAACCCCUCUACCUGUUCCUCCUCUUCCUCCUCCUCUGCCCUGAAACGGCACCUGUCUGCACGGGUGAGCCGCCCCAUCUCUAUGUAUGAAACCGGCUCUGGUCUGAAGCCCUUUCUCUCUAAGGGAGAGACCAUUUACCCUGAGGAGAACUUCCCUUCCCUGCAACCCUUUCCAACCCAUGCCUCCAAGUUUGACAAGCAAAGCAGCAUAUCUGAUGGUGACUAUGACAACACAGUGAACGAAUCCGACAUCGAUGAUUCAGGAUUUGUCCGUCGGUGUCGUCUACGAAGCAGCGGUUGGAUGGCAGAGAGUGGCUCCAUACCUGAGCUGGACGAUCAUGAAUGUGAAUCCGACCCCAGUCUGCCCAGCACAGAAGAUGUCAUCCGGAAAACUGAGCAGAUUACGAAGAACAUCCAGGAACUGCUGAGGGCUGCACAGGAGAAUAAAUACGAGAGUUCCCCGUGUGAGCAGAGGGAGAGUGUCCGCAGACUUAGACACAGUCUGGGUUGUUUCGGCACCCUGGUGCCUUGGGCAGACAAGCCCCCGUCUCCCAUGCAGUCCCUCGGCCUAAGAACUCCCCACCCAGCUGUCCCCAACAGCCCUGCCUCCUGCUUUGUACCCUGCGCAGAAAGAAUACAUGUGGCUGUAAAUGAGAUGGCUGCCCUGUUUCCCAAGAGGCCACGGUUUGAGACAGUAAGGAGUUCUUUGCGUUUAUUAACGUCCAGCGCACACCGAUUGCAAAGCGAGUGCAAGAAGGCGUCUCUUCUGGAAAGCAGCCCGACAGUAGAUAAGCAAUUGGUCACCCAGCAGGUCAUCCAGUGCGCCUAUGACAUUGCCAAGGCCGCAAAGCAACUUGUUACCAUAACCACCAAAGAAAACAACUGACCCAACUUCCACCCAUAAAGCAAACACCAUAUAUAUUAUUCACUUAAUAUAAUUUUUUUAUUUUAAAGUAGCCUAUAAGAUGUAUUUGCAUGUUGUGGUUUUUAAUUUAAGGUGUAACUGUAAGAUGAAGUCUGAAAUGUUGGAUCUGUGAAAGUAAAAGAUAUUGUAGAUUUCAAAAUGUCUCGAAGUGAAAAAGCUUUGCAGAGAAUGAAACAUACAUGGGGCAGCCAAUCACAUAGUAAAUAUUCAAUAAAUGCCUGACUCUUUGCACUAUACUCUUAAAACAUGUAACGAUUUUGCCUUUUCAAUCAGAUAUUUCAUAUUUUGUACAUGUAUGUGAUGUUGAUUUAUUUUGAAAUGAAGGCUUUUAUUUACACCAUCUUAAACUGUCAUCUGUACUUGAACAUUCAGGUAGUCUGGUUACAGAUAUAAUGGAAAAAUGUAAUCAAUUGUGAUCCUGAGUUAUAGGUUAUGUACAGUA